UAUAUAUGCCAGGAGUUGAUAAGAAGAAACUUAAAGCUGCCUUCAGAGAGAGUUCCAUUUUUAACAAGAAGUAUGCAGGGGUCCUUGGAGUAGAGAAAAGGAUCAUGAUGAAAGAGAGUAUCCGGAGGAAUAGACUUACUAGUGAGCAGAGGUACAAGAUGAUGACUCCCAUGGCAAAUCCUCAGAGUUCAUUUUUUAAACUAUUCGGGUAUUCAAACAAUGAGAAUAAACUAUCACCUGACCAGUUGAAUAGGACUACUUAUAUCGAGAUUUUUAGUUCUAAUAAGAGUUCGAUGAAGAAGAACCUGAAUUACAUUAAUUAUUCAAAAGGAGAGCAUGACAUAAUAACGAACAAGAGGUUAUCAUCAGCGUAUAGCUCAUUUAGGAGUGAUCUCCAUAAAUAUGAAAUUGAUAAGCCUGAGUUUGGAAAGUCUUAUAAAAAACUAAGAAACAGGUCACCUCCAGGGAUGAACUUGCCAAAGAAGCAUAUAAUGAAGAAUAUUAGACAUAUUAAGAAUUUAUCUAAUUUAACUAAAUUGAAGAAACUAAGUCAUGAUGAAGAGAUUGCUCCUAACGGAUUUAGAGUGCAUUCAAAGGAUAAAUCCAACUUUGUUAUCUUUAAGAGGAGAAGUAAAGUUGGAACAAGGAGAUUUAAUGAGUUUGACAGCCAACCAAGAGUAAAUACUACUCCUCAGAACAAGGAAGCCUUUGCUUUUACAAGAAUGGAUCCAGUUUUUACCAAAGAUGAGUCUAUUAUAUUCAACUUCAUCGAGGAGAAACUAGCUUCAGCAUUAUCUGAGGAUCCUGAGGAGGAGAAAUAAAGUGUUAAUGAGACUAGAUUGCUUGAAAAGAUUUUAUAACUCGAAAAUUUCGAAAAUUAGCCUACAAAUAAGAAUUAAAAUGAUCCAAGAUUUAGUGCACACAUUCACUUUACUUAAAUCAAAACACAAGCCAGGAUCCCUUGAACGUACUCAAAAAUUUGAGAAAUGAGAGACAAAAGUAACUCAGUUGAGUAAAUCAUUUGUGAGAGAGCCUGAGAAUAAGCUAACAGAUCACCAAAAGCAGCUAUUAAAGCUGUUUGAGAAUGAAAACAAAGAAGAAAUUGAAAAGGUUCUUACCUCAAUUCUAGGUCGACAGUACAAGCAAAAGAUACAGAACACUCAAAAAGAAGAUAAGAAAUCACAUAAAAGGAGGACUUCAGCAAUGAUCAUUGCUAAACUUGAGAAUCAGCUUUCUAAAGAAAAGAAAUUGCAAAAAGAUCAUGAAGAUGAAAUCUCAACAUUGAAACAGAGAAUUGAGAGACAAAGUGAGAGGAAAUAA